AUGGCUUCGUCGGGCAGGCGCCGAGAAUCCGUGAUUAACAAGACGACCAGGGAGGACGGAGCGCGCUCACUCCUCCAGGACGAACAAUCGCGCACCGAUAAUCUGAAGGACCGCUUCAUCGGUGCCAUUGACCAGGGAACCACAAGUACCAGGUUCAUCGUCUUCGAUGGCACGGGCUUGCCAAUUGCCUCUUAUCAGUCUGAGUUUCGCCAGAUUCACGCUCAUUCAGGAUGGCACGAACAAGACCCCCGAGAACUCGUUGCAACGGUAGAAAAAUGUAUAGAAGAAACAAUGAAAACAUUCCUUGCCCUGGGCCACUCCAAGUCUGAUAUUCAGACCAUUGGCAUCACCAACCAGCGCGAGACCACGGUCGUCUGGGAUUGGGAGACCGGCGAGCCCCUGCACAAUGCUAUUGCAUGGCCCGACACUCGAACAAAGGGCAUGGUGCGAGAGCUGAGGUCCAAGGAAGGUGCCGACGACCUGCUCAACAUCUGUGGUCUGCCACUGUCCACUUAUCCGUCGUCUGUCACUCUGAUGUGGCUGCUCCGCCAUCGUCCGAACGUCAAAAAGGCCUACGAUGAAGGCCGCCUAGCAUUCGGCACUGUCGACACAUGGCUGCUGUACAAUUUGAACGGAGGCGUGAAGAACAAGGUGUUUGUUACAGAUGUCACCAAUGCCUCGCGUACUAUGUUCAUGAAUUUGCAUGAAUUGAAAUAUGACGACAGGCUAUUGGACUUUUUCGGUCUAGACAAGAACAAGAUUCGCCUCCCAAAGAUCGUGCCUUCGGCUGAUUCGAAGGAGUUUGGUCGACUUGAUGGCGGUCCUUUGGCCGGCACCACCAUUACCAGCUGUCUUGGUGACCAGUCUGCUGCCCUGGUGGGACAUUGUGCCUUUGAACCGGGAUAUGCGAAGAACACAUACGGCACAGGUUGCUUUUUGCUGUAUAACGUGGGAGAAAAACCAACGAUUUCGCAACACGGUCUUCUAGCAACGGUGGCUUUCCAGCUGGGGUCCGACCGAAAACCAGUGUAUGCACUCGAGGGUAGUAUCGCUGUCGCCGGCAGUGGAGUGUCAUUCUUGAUGAACAAUCUGGGUUUCUUCCGUGACUCGCGGAAAGUGAGUGAGGUCGCCGCAACAGUGCCAGAUAACGGAGGAUGCGUAUUUGUGACGGCAUUCAGUGGUCUCUUCGCUCCGUAUUGGAUUGAUGACGCGAAGGGAACAAUCUUCGGUAUCACGCAACACACUCAACGUGGUCAUAUUGCUCGUGCCACUCUAGAAGCUGCUUGCUUUCAAACAAAGGCCAUCUUGGAUGCAAUGGCUAAGGACAGCGGUCAUCAGCUGACUGAUCUGGCCGUGGACGGAGGAAUGAGUAACUCGGACAUUUGCAUGCAGUCACAAGCCGAUAUCAUCCAAAUCCCGGUGGAACGACCAUCGAUGCAUGAAACCACUGCCCUGGGAGCCGCAAUUGCAGCUGGAUUUGCGAGCGGCAUCUGGUCGACGUAUGAGGAGUUGAAACAUAUGAACCGAGCAAACAGGACAGAGUUCCAGCCCUACCUGUCCGCGCAGGAGAGCGCCUUGAUGUAUAAACAGUGGAGCAAGGCGGUAGAAAUGUCUCGUGGUUGGCUGGACGCGACUGAGAUCGGACUAGAUGACGAUGAUGUCGAGGAGGUUGAGGGAGCACAAGAAGCAGCACAUGAAACAACGAAACCCGUUUUGCGACAAUUGGUGCCGGAGGAUUUCGAUGAUUCCAACGAUGUUGCCGUGGGUUCAGAGUCGGAUUAA